UGUCGCGGCUCUCUCCGCCGCACACGGCGGGCGGCAGAGGCGGCAGCGCCGCUCCCAGCGGGCGGCAGGGCGGGCGCGGAGCCCCCCAGCCCCGCCGCCGCCAUGGAGAAGCAGCCCGGCGGCGAGGACGAGUGCGUGGACUCGGGAGCGGAGACGGGCGGGUCUGAGUACAGUCGAAUGUCCUCUACCAGCAGUGAACUUUCUGUGGAAGGCAUACAAGACCCAUUCCUUGUUAGUGUUCAUAUUAUUACAGACCCAGGUGAAUCCAUGACUCUUCAGCAGGCCAUUGAUAAGCUUCUAGCCUGGAUCCAUCCAGACCUCCAGCUGUUUCGGGUCUCAGAAAGACGAGUGCCCAGGAAGCGCAGGAAGCCGCUCAAGGCUGGUGUUUCUCAGCCAGCCCUUGCUGUCAUUCUGUUCCUGCAGGAGGAGUAUGGAGAAGAACCCAUCUUGCAGCUCCAUGAAACUUUUCAGCGGCCACCUUGGCAUUACCACCACACAGAGAUAAUGCAUGGGAAAUUCCUCCCUUACAUGCCAUGCAGCCAAGACUUUUACACUUUGGCUCCAGAGACUCCUCUGUGGGCCAUUCGCCCAGUGCACUACGGGAAGGAGAUGAUCCGCUUCACCAUAUACUGCAGGAAUGAGAAUUUUGUGGACAUUUUGAAAUUGUAUGAGUUAAUACUGAAAAGACCAAUGUGUCAGAAAAAAGCAGACUUCUGUGUUUUUCCUGUCUAUUCUAACAUGGAAAUAGACAUUCAGUUUUCUUUAAAAAAACUCCCAAAGGGACAAGUUCCAGUGAGGACAGAGUCAGCCGUGCUGGAAUUCAGAGUAAAAGAUGUGGGGCAGCUUGUGCCUCUCUUACCCAACCCUUGCAGCCCCAUCAGUGAAGGCAGGUGGCAGACCGAAGACCAUGAUGGAAAUAGGAUCCUUUUGCAGCAAGCACACAGUUGGUGUAGGAAGUCUGCAAAGCAGAACAAGCAACCAUAUCCAUCUGUGUCAACAGAUUCCCACUUCACUACUCUGCCAGCCUUUCUUCCUCAGAGCCACCGAUCUGUCUCUGAACAGCCACAAGAAAUGGGUCAAAAAAAGGCCACAAAUGGCCUUGGUCAUUAUCUUGGUUUCUCCCAGCAGGACUUGAGACACGGUGAUCUAGAAGACUUCACACGCAGAUCCAGGAGUGCCUCCAGCAUUUCUUGGUCAUUUCAACGAAGCAAAUCUCUGUUCUGCUUGCCCACAGUGAACUCCUCUUCUGCAUCAGAGACAUUUCAUUUAAGUGAACCAUUUCAGUUUUUAAACACUGGGUCACCUGCAACCAGGUUAAAAACAUGGAAAUGCAGCCCCAAGCUUAACAUUGAUGACUUGGAGGGUGCCCAAGAGACUGAUGUGGACACAGGGAUGAAGCUGUCCUUCUCAGACCUGUCUGUGGUUUCUGCAUACUCUGCCCUUAAUGGAUUUUGCAGUGAGUUAGAAGACUCUCUUCCAUCACAGAAACAAACUGUCAGUAGGGCUAAACAGGCAGCCACCAGUGGAAGGCCUGUAUCAGCCAUGUGCAAUACUUUUGAGUCAGUUGAUGGUUCACUGCCUUCUCCGUCAGAAUGGUCUUCCAGCUCUUUCAUGUCAACAUCUUUCUCCAAGCAACACAAACAGCCCUUGAGAGCAGCUCCCUGUUCUCUGGAUGAUCAUGUUUGCCCAGCUUCACCAGUUAAUGAAGAAGAAUUUUACAUCUGA